AUAAAUAGGAAAAGAAGAUUGGGGAAAGAUGAAGCGAAAGGCAAAAGCAACCACUCUCAUUUUCAAACCACAAAGGGGGAAAGAGUUGAAAAAAACAACAACCACUCUCCUUUCCUGAAUUUGGACUCUGCUUUUGUAAAAUUCUAACGUAUUUUACUAACUCCCAUGUUCCAGGUCCAACCUCCCCUGCUAUGAAUUCAUGCAUCCUCAAAAAGAUUCUGGGGUGGAUCAAUUAUUAAAAUUUAAAGCCUUUCUUCCUCUCUCUUCCACUCGUUCUGUUCCAGUACAGUUUAGACAGUGAGUAAAAAAAAAGGGGGAAAAAAUUCUACUGGAAAUACUCAUUCAUAUGUUACCGUCAAAGACUGUCUGUAGGGGAAAUUUGGGGAAGAAGAAACUUGUAACCCAAGAAUGAAACUCAGAGAAAAAUGGGUAAUUGUGGUACUAGAGAGGAAUCUGCUGUUGUAAAUGCUCAAGUUCAACAGCUCCACUCGCCGGUGAAGGCAGCUCCAUCCUACAAGAAGCAGAACUAUAAUCGUACGGUGUCAGAUCUGAGCGAUCCUUCCACACCACGCAAUUUUGAGGACUCCAGGAAGAAUGCUGUGCUUUACACCCAUGUAAUUGCCUUCACUUUAUACGAGCUCGAGACGAUUACCAAGAGUUUCCGGUCCGAUUACAUUCUCGGGGAGGGUGGUUUUGGGACGGUGUAUAAGGGUUACAUAGAUGAGAAUGUGAGGGUUGGUCUCAAAUCUCUGCCUGUUGCGGUAAAGGUUCUUAACAAGGAAGGCCGUCAAGGCCACCGUGAAUGGCUUACGGAGGUCAACUUUCUUGGGCAACUUAGGCAUCCUAAUCUGGUUAAGUUGAUUGGAUAUUGCUGUGAGGAUGAUCACAGAUUACUUGUAUAUGAAUUUAUGUUCCGAGGAAGCCUUGAGAAUCAUCUUUUUCGAAAAGCAACUGUUCCAUUAUCUUGGGGCACAAGAAUGAUGAUUGCUCUGGGUGCUGCAAAAGGACUUGCUUUCCUUCAUAAUGCUGAAAGGCCAGUAAUAUACCGGGACUUCAAAACCUCUAACAUUUUAUUGGACUCUGACUAUACAGCCAAGCUUUCUGAUUUUGGGCUUGCAAAAGCUGGACCGCAAGGUGAUGAGACCCAUGUAUCUACUCGAGUAAUGGGCACCUAUGGUUAUGCUGCCCCUGAAUAUGUGAUGACUGGGCACCUUACUGCGAGAAGUGAUGUAUACAGCUUUGGAGUUGUUCUUUUGGAGCUACUGACAGGAAAGAAAUCUGUUGACAAGACAAGACCGAGCAAGGAACAGAACUUGGUGGAUUGGGCUCGACCAAAAUUGAAUGACAAGCGAAAACUAUUGCAAAUCAUUGACCCAAGAUUGGAGAGCCAAUACUCAGUAAAAGCAGCACAGAAAGCCUGCAGCUUGGCAUACUAUUGUCUGAGCCAAAAUCCCAAAGCAAGGCCCUUAAUGAGUGAUAUAGUUGAAACGUUGGAGCCUCUACAAUGCCCGAAUGAUGCUGCAAAUGAAGUCUCAUCAUUGUUGACCUCAACAAUGACAGGUACCAGUCCUGGUGCAUACGCAAUGGGGGGAGCCCCUGACUAUCGUAUGCGUCAAAGGUUUCCAAACAACGCCGGCCCUGGUUCUAUUUGUCGGUCUCCUAAUCCAAAUUGUUCCCCAGGUGGCCCUGCAGCAUGCAAAGUCAGAUGAGAGUGUUCCCUAUCUGUAUACAUUGGUGUGCCUUUUUUUUUUCCUUGAAACCGUUGAAAUGACAAAACUAUGCUUGUUAGAACUUAGAAACCCCCGUUGCCUUUGCUUCUCUGUACCUAAUGUGAAUGUAUUCCAGUUAGUGUGAACUAUGCUAUCCGUUCGAGCUUGUAUCACAUUGUGUUCUAGCUUUACACAUUCUCUGUUCUACAGGGGAAUUUUCCCCAGAAGAAAGCUGGGUUUCUGCUUUCGAUAAUGAUGAUGGUGAUGAUGAUUGGUUUCUGAACUGUCAGUUAAGGUACCACCACCAGGAGAAAGAAGGACCCAAGGCCAAUGACCCUCACAGUUUAUCUGAC